AUGACUGUUAACAAGGUGCUGUUGAUGGGUAAAAGUGGAUCAGGAAUGACCAGCAUGAGUUCGAUCAAAUUUGCCAGUUACAUCGCCAGAGACACUCGCCGCCUCGGAGCCACAAUUGAUGUGGAGCACUGCCACGUGAGGUUUCUGGGUAAUCUGGUGCUGAACCUGUGGGACUGCGGAGGACAGGACACGUUCAUGGAGAACUGCUUCACGAGUCAGAGAGACAACAUCUUUCGUAAUGUGGAGGUGCUGAUCUACGUGUUUGAUGUGAAGAGGCGCGAGCUGGAGAAGGAUAUGCAUUACUCAGUCGUGUCUGGAAGCCAUCCUGCAGAACUCUCCUGA